AUGGCCCGCGUGUUGCUCGCAGCUGCGCUUUUGGCAGCUCCUGUUGCCGCCUACGUGUCCCCAACACCCGGAGCAGGCCCCGAGAGCGCACGGCCAACAGCUCAGGUGCAGCUGGAGCCCCUGGAGUUUGAGGAGCAGAGCCAGUCCCAGAGCGUUUUCGGCGUCGUGAGCGCUGGAUUCGGAGUUGGGGCGCUGCUUGGAUGGCUGAACUCCAGGAAGCAGCAGAUCGCCUCCGUGGCUGCGGCAAGUACCAUUGCUAUGGUCCCGGCAGCAAAUGCGAUGGUGGAGUACGAGAACAUCCAGUUUCUGGGAGGCAGCGACAAGGUGGACAUCAACAAUGCCAACAUCCAGGCUUACAGGCAGUUCCCAGGCAUGUUCCCCACAAUUGCCGGCCUGAUUGGCACGCAUGGCCCCUAUAAGGCAGUCUCUGACAUCUACAGCAUCCCAGGCAUGGAGGAGAAGUUCAAGAACACCGUCAAGAAGUAUGAAGCCAACCUGGUGUGCCUGCCGGCAAACCCUGCAUACUUCAUCGACCGCAUCAACAACGGCAUGUACCGUUGA